AUAUCGUGAACCGAUUACUUGACAUGUACCGCCUCUUGCCCAGGCUGCGUGGACUGGCCAGGAAGAAGUCAUGCGUCUUUUACUUGAGCGUGGAGCAGAUGUCAAUGUCCAUGGGAGCAAAAGCAUAUUCGCAGCAGCAUGGGGAGGCCAAAAAAAUGCCGCAAAGAUACUUAUCAAUGCUGGACUUUCGAAAACACAGAUCGAUGGACAUGGAUUGCUCACUCGGGCCAUGUACAGCAUGAAGCCGGAGGCAGCGGUAUUCCUGCGCUUUUUUCAAGAGAGCGGAUUGAUUGAUGUCCACCACCUUGACAAGGACCCAGUCAAGGCAGAGAAAAACCUUGUUGAAGUGGUGGUAUAUGCUGCCGCAAUGGGUCAUGUGGAAUGCCUACGAAUCUUGCGUGAGUAUGGGGUCGAUCUAGAUGAUGGCCCACUGUACUCACGGUGUGGAUGCCCACCGCUGAUUAUCGCCGCAAAGGCGUGGAGCCAGGACAAAGUGGUGGAAUAUCUGCUGAGCAUCGGAGUCAAGGAUGUAGAUCCGCUUGACACCUGCAUAGCAGAUGAUUUCAGGAGUGGCGAGUUUCCUGCUGAGCCUAAACCGUUAUCGAUAUGCUCCAUGCCGUAUAAAGCUUGAUCCUUUAUUCACCAUCUCCCUAGAGUCUGCCAUCUCAAUUGGAUAAGAAAGUACUCGGUGAAAGAAAGGGCUUGCAGCCUUCGGUUAUUGACGUCGAACCCCGUGGCCUCAAGAAAUGGCUUCGCUAUUCAUGGAGACUCGAAAAGGUGUUAAUAGCGACUGGACAUACCAACAAAAGCAGGACAAGGCGUCGUCAAAUUACAAGUAAUGCCGGGGAAGAUUUGACGGGACCCGCGACUCAUAACCCCAUUGAAACCCAUCUACAACGAGACCUCCUCCCCC